GGUCCAGGGCAGGCAUGUGAUUGGCCAGCGCGUCCUAGGAUGCCAGUGACGCUGGCGGGCGCUUCCAAAAACAGCACCACAACACUGAGAGCAGAGGCCGAGUUGUGCUCCUUCGCCACGCCCCGUCUUGCGCAACAUCGCAGUCCGUCUGGCUUGGCCGUGUCUGCUCAUUUCCGCCGGCAUGAGCAAAAUCGCCGAGAAUCUUCAUCUCAGCUCAUCGAGAUCCGCAAGGGACAACGGUGCCGAGCGAGGCGAGCCGCCAGCCCAGCCCAGGGGACAUGUAGCUAUGUUUCACGCAGCCGCCGAGCGCCUUCGUCUGGCCUUAUCAUCCUUCAAGGGGCUGGCCGUGCUUGUCAGGGUUAGGUCCUGCCUAUUGCUGCCCGGAGAAACGUUGUCCCUAUACGCGGGGGAAGCCGAGGCCGCCUCGCUUGUGACUCGCAUGAACUCGGUACUUAAUUUAUAUCUCGUUCUCAAUGCAAUCGCUCUCUCCACCUCCGCCUUCGCCAAAGCCAUCGGCUCACUCUAGCGGUCCAAGGGCACCGCUAACAGACCUAUCUCUGCCUCCGGCUCCUGUUCAGGCGUGCCAGUCUGUGCAGACACAGAACACGUAGCUCGUCCGAGUCCACGACUGCAGCGAUCCCUUG